CUGGACCGGAUCGAUAUCCAUAUCGAAGUGCCGCCCGUGCGCUAUGCCGAUCUGGCUUCUUCCGCCGCCGCCGAACCUUCGUCCGCCAUUCGAGCACGGGUGAACGCCGCCCGGCAGCGUCAACGGGCUCGUUUCGCCGGCACCGACAUUCCUCACAACGCCGUCAUGGGCGUCCGCAACAUCCGGCAAUACUGCAAGCUCGACGACGCCGGCGAACGCCUGCUCGAACAGGCGAUGCACCGCUUCGGCCUCAGCGCCAGAGCCCACGACCGCAUCCGCAAAGUGGCCCGCACCAUCGCCGACCUCGCCGGCGCCGAUGCCAUCGGCAUCGAGCAUCUCUCGGAAGCCGUCCAGUACCGCACCCUCGACCGCCAAUCGGGGUGA